AUGAUUGUCAACUAUGAAUGCUAUAUCGAGGGAAAGGAAACUAAUAUUGGAAUGCCGCUCCUCAAAGGCAGAACCAGAACAAUAAAAGUGGAACCUACGAUUCAUAGCAAGUCAGGGAAUACUCCGCCAGAGGGAGACGUGAACUCUAAAGACUUAGAUAGCGACGACAGGACAACAAUGCCACCGUAUUUAUCAACUCUGAAAUUUCAGCUGAAGCAGUUCGACGCCGACUUGGUUCGUCAAUCGGACUAUCUUGAGGAAGGAAUUGAAUACACAUCUCUUCCAGCGCAUAAAACUAAAGGAACACAAACCAUCACUCUACCAUUGAACAUGCCUGUUGUGGUGAGCGAGAAACUAUGCUUUCGUCGAAAAGGCAACGGUUCACCUAAUUUUAAGCACCGGUUGAAUAAUUCAGUUAAAGACGAUUGUUCUAAGGUUUCACUUGCUAGGUCACACACGAAUGGACAAGAAAACGACGUGAGAAAAAUCCUAGAUGGCUCAGACGAUACGAGUGCAACUGCAGGAAAAUGGUUCAAUGACAUCGAUAAACUAACGAGCUUCAAAGCCAAACACAAAAUUGAAUUCUUCUCCAGAGAAAAGAAGGAAAUAGAAAGAGAAUGGACGUCAACUCCUAAGAAAUUUUAUAAGUGUAUUUUGAAUUGUAGACAAAAGCAAUUAUCUCUGUGUAAUGGUUUCCGAACCAGUAAACGCGAUGUUGAUCGGGGAUCGAAAAAAGUUUCCUUUCCCGCUGAUGUUCUUUUGUUUUCUGCUAUCGAGGAAAAUGCGUCGAAGGAAUUAAUUGAAAUAAUAAGGAUCUACAAGACUGAUGUCAAUUUAAGUAGAAAUGCACGCGGACUUCCCCCGCUUCAUCGAGCAGUACAGCGCGGAGCUGUUGAAUGUGUUCGAGUCCUACUGAGUCAUUCGGCUGAUGUGAAUUUGAGAGACUCCUCAAAUCGCCCAGCUAUAAAUCUGGCGAUUUCAAUGCGCCAGUUUGAGUGUAUUGUGCUUUUAAUCGAGUCAGGAGCUAGCGUAGCAGAGUACACAAACCAACGAUUACAGGAUUAUGAAAACGUUCAGACUUUGUCGAAGAGCUGUUAUCGAUCUUUCGAGGCCAAUGUUUAA